AGGAGAGAGAAGCGAACGGGCGCUCCGUAUGUCGCCCGGCUGUAGCACAAGAUACGAAGAACUGCCGCCCGCUUGAAGCCCGAUGCGAGCGCUAGCGCUGGCGCUCUGGAUCCCGCGCGGCUUCCUUGCCUCCCGCGCUUCUCUCUCCCGGCAGCGCGCCAAAUCUUUCUUUCUCUCGCGCGAAAUCCUUUCUUGCGCGCGAAAUCGAACCUCUUAAGCUCCGAACCGAUCCCAAAUUACCCCCAAAUCGCCACAAUUAGAACCCUAGGCUAGCUGAGAAGCCCCAUCAGAAAGAUGGGUCAGCAAUCCAAAAGGACGCGUGCGCCGGCGCCUCUCAAGGUACCUUCGUCGGCGUCUCAUCUUGUCCCGCCGGCGGCGCCUCAUCUUGUCCCACCGGCGGCGCCUCAGCUUUUCUUCCCGCCGGUGCCUCAGUCCGUCCCGCCGCUGCCUCAUCCUAACAUGCCAGUGGUGUUCCCUCCCGUACCAGGAGGUUGGAUUCCCCCACGACCACCACAACAAAGCGUACCAGGUUCUUUGGCUCAAGGCCCUUGUUGGGCACCGCCUGCUGGCAUUGGUGGCUCUGAAUCUUCUUGGUGCAUGCCUGAGAAUAUUGACGACUCUGAUCCACAAGCAUGCAGGGGAUUGGAUUCUCACCCACCUGGUGGUUUCCUUGGUUUCUUUAAGAACACACCAAGCCACACAGAAGUUAUGGGAAAUGGGACUUCAUCGCAGCCAAUCACUGUUGGUGAUGACACCAGUGGUGGCAAUUGUAAAAGGACUGAAAAACGAUUGCCAUGGACAAAAGAGGAGGAUCUUAGAUUGGUUAGUGCUUGGUUGAAUAAUUCAAAUGACCCAAUUCAAUCCAAUUACAAGAAGAAUGAGCAGUAUUGGAAAGAAGUCACUGCUGUCUACAAUAGUACCACUCCCAAAAACAGGGAAAGGCUACUAAAGCAAGAAUAUGCUGUGAUGUGGUCAUCUGACAUGAAGGUUCUUGAUGCCAAUGCUUAGCUGCUUCUUUCUACCAAGAUUUCAACUUUGGCUUUGUGCCUUCAUCGCAUCAAAAUCAAACUUAUGUCUUGUUUGCUAGAGACCAUGUUUAGUAUUUUGUUUGGCUAAUGCUCUCUUCUAAAGAAUCAUGUAAUGUUUUAGUGUCGAUGUCAUGGUGCUAUGCGCGAUUUAUUUGUUGGUCACUGUCGUCAAGAACAAAACUAACAGCUUGUUUGCCUGAGUGGUGGUAUGGUGUAUGCAGCAUUUGUUUGUUGCUUGCCCAGAUUGUUCUGAUAUAUUUUGAUGGUGUCGCUGGUAAA